AUGAAAGAGGUUGAGGUGGACCAGAAUAAAAUCCUGUUGGUGUGCAAUAAUGGAGAAUUUACUACUGUGGGUGGUCUGUGCACUCAUUAUGGCGCCCCACUUAUCAAAGGUGCAUUGCUUGGAGAUCGAGUUCGUUGCCCAUUUCAUGGGGCGUGUUUCAAUACAAAAACUGGAGAUAUUGAAGAAUUUCCUGGACUGGAUUGUCUGCCUAAAUACAAAGUCAAAGUUGAGGGUGGUAAAGUUUAUGUGACCACUGAUAAAAAGAAAUUGAAGAAGCGUGUUAAGAAAAUGUGCGGUAGAGUGCCUGGAGUCACUCACACGGUUGCUCUGAUUGGAGGAGGUCCAGCUUCACUGCAAUGUGCAGAAACCCUUCGUCAGAAUGAUUAUGGAGGGAGAAUUAUAAUGGUUACCAAAGAUGAGCAGCUGCCUCUGGAUAAGACCAAGCUUAGCAAAGCAAUGAAUAUUGAAAUUGAAAAGGUGCUGCUACGACAGAAUGAUUUCCUUCAACAGCAUGGAAUUGAAGUGUGGACUAAAAAAGAGGUAAAGUCUGUUAACACAGAGGCUAAAACCCUGACUUUCAAGGAUGGCACUAGCCAACACUGUGACCAGCUCCUGGUUUCUACAGGUGGCAGAGCCAGACCUCUGCAAUGUCCUGGUGCUGAACUUGAAAAUGUGAAAUUGCUGGAGAGCUAUAAGGACGCCACAGAAAUGUAUCAAAUGAGUGUCGGCAACAAGGCUGUCAUCGUUGGAACUUCAUUCAUAGGAAUGGAGGUAGCAGCUUAUCUGUCUGACAAGGCAGCCAGUGUCACUGUUAUUGGCAGCAGUAAAUUUCCUUUCCAGUCAUCACUGGGUCCAGAUAUUGGAAAAAUGACAAUGCAGAUGCUGGAAGAGAAAAACGUGACAUUCUAUACAAGUAAUGGUGUGGCUGAAAUCCGGGGUAAAAAUGGGAAGGUUAAGGAAGUUGUUCUGAAAAAUGGUGAAGUCCUUCCAGCAGAUAUUGUAAUUGUGGGCAUUGGUGUCAUUCCAAACUCUGAUUUCCUUAAGGAAACAUCUGUGGAAAUUGAUUCACGCAGUGCUGUUGUUGUUGACAAGUUCAUGAAAACCAACAUUCCUGAUGUCUUUGCUGCUGGAGAUGUGGUGUCCUUUCCACUUCCUUUGGUUGGACAUAAGAGAGUCAAUACUGGACACUGGCAAUUGGCGCAAGCUCACGGAAGAAUCUCAGGCUUAAGCAUGCUGAAUCAACAGGUUGCGAUAAAUACUGUGCCAUACUUCUGGACCAUGCUGUUGGGAAAAAGUAUCCGAUAUACUGGCUAUGGAGAAGGAUACACUGAUAUUGUUUUCAAAGGAAGCACCGAGGAAAGAAAAUUCUUGGUAUUUUACAUCAAAGAUGAAGAGGUUGCUGCCGCUGCCAGCUUGAACUUUGACCCUGCUGUCGCAAGGUUGGCGGAAAUGUUAUUGAUGGGGAAGAGGAUCACUAAGGCUCAGGCACAGUGA